AUGGAAUCUGUCCUGCCUAUUCAUGUCAGACACCUGAUAUUUGAGGCGGAAGACGAAGCCAACAACAGUGGAGUCGAGUAUUCCGACGUGACCAGCUCUGAAUCCCUCGUGCCUACCCCGGUGAUAACGUCCGAGGACAGUGAAGACACCGAGACCGUCGAACUGAGAGAAAACUACGAGACCGAGCUCAUAUUCAAAUGGACCCUUACUGACCUGAUUCGCCAGAUGAUGUUCGUCUCUGGAGAAACUGCUGAACCAUCUAUCGAAAGCACGACGUUAAUUGAAGACAUUACUCGCCAGCAGGUCAUCGAAAUUGUAAGAUUUGCUCCCACUUGA